CUAAUAAUAAUUUCAGACGACAACAAUUACAACACAAAGAAGAAGAAAACGACACGCAGGCAGGCAACACUGGCAUUUCCUACUUGCAGAGCCACUGUCUUCCACAGUCGCUGAUACAACCUAAUACGGCGAUAGCCCUUGCUGCAUCCCAAUUCCCCCAACCCUAAAACAAAGCCUUUGGUUUUCACAAAGUUGGAGUCUUUUUCCCAAUCCCAGCAUAAACUUCGAUUUCACUUCUGAGGGUUUUUGAGGAAAUGUAAAAAUUCAGGGUUUUUGGGUAAAAUUAGAAAGUUAGGGUUUUUGAGGCCAUAUUUAAUUCCUUGAAGCAAAACCUAGGCAUGUAAUAAUUCAUUAGGGUUUUGUCCCGAAGCCUUGUUCUAGCAGAGCCUAAUAUUUAGGGUUGUUUGAGGGCGUUUCAUAGCAUGGUUUCAGGGCCACUGGUAGGUGACGAAGCGAGCAACAAGGCUUAUUCCCGAAAGAACCAGAGCUACUCCAAGAAUCCCAAUCAUGUCCUCCACCACUCGUCGCCUCCCCAGAACAUGACGCAAGUCCGUGGCGCGCUGGCGUCGAACGACUCGUCGAGCGACAAUGGCUCGCUUCCUGGCCAUGCCGAGCCAGACAAUGGACCACGCGGGUAUUCAAAGUUCGGGAACAUGGUGCGGAUUCAGUUGGAUUCUUGGUCCAAGGCUGACCUAAGAGAGAUUAAGUGGAAGCUGAUGAGUGAGCUUGAACAAGUCAGGUGUUUGGUGAAGAAUCUUGAAGCUAAGGAGGCUGAGCUUAGUGAGAGGUAUGUUCAGUCACAGUUUACAGCUGAUGAUGUGAUAGAUAAUGUUAAAACUAAAACUACAAUGAGGGUCAAUUCGGAGGUGGGUUCUGUAGGACUCCGUGAUUCGGGGCCGUAUCGGGGGUUGAGUGUUUCGGGGGCGGAGGAUGAUGGUGGAGCUGGUCAGUAUAUGGAGAAGCAGAAGAGGACGUGGAAGGCAAAUCAAUGUUCUAGGAAUUCGGAGUUUCCUAUUGGGAAGGAGAAGUUACCACCUUUAGGGAGUAGCAAGAAGUUGAAAUCCAAUGGAAGGACAAUAGAUGAGGGUGGAGUUGGGCCUUGGUUCAGGAAAGGUAAGAAUCCGAGUCCAUUGUUCAAGAGUUGUAGUACGUUACUUGACAAGUUGAUUAAGCAUAAGUUUGGCUGGGUGUUUAAGAAGCCUGUAGAUGUGAAGGCGCUUGGGCUUCACGAUUACAAUAAGAUUAUUAAGAAACCGAUGGAUUUGGGCACGGUGAAGACUAGGCUGAACGAGAAUUGGUAUAAGACUCCUGUGGAAUUUGCAGAGGAGGUGAGACUUACAUUUAAUAAUGCAAUGUUGUAUAACCCGAAAGAGCAGGAUGCUCAUCUUAUGGCGGAGCAAUUGUUGAAAAUGUUUGAAGAUCAAUGGGCGGCUUUAGAGGCUGAGUAUAAUCUUAAUAGGAGAAAUGAAAUAGGGAAUGAUUCAAAUUUGCCACCGCCUGUUUCAAGAAAAAUUCAAGCUCCUGCGGCUGCUCCUUUGCCAUUGGAGAUGAGGACUCUAGAUAGAGCAGAAUCUACGACAAAGCCUGUUAAUCCCAAGUUGAAACCUGUGAGUUCUGGUCAUACAGGUCGACCACCAGUUCCGAAGAAGCCAAAAGCCAGGGACCCCAACAAAAGGGAUAUGACUUAUGCGGAGAAGCAGAGGCUCAGCACAAACCUUCAGACUUUGCCGUCUGAGAAACUAGAUACCAUUGUCCAGAUUAUUAAAAAGAGGAAUCUAGGGCUUUGUCAGCAAGAGGAUGAGAUUGAGGUGGACAUUGAAAGUGUUGAUCCUGAAACGCUUUGGGAACUGGAUAGGUUCGUGACUAAUUACAGAAAAAGCUUGAGCAAAAAUAAGAGAAGAACAGAGCUUGCUCCUCAAUCAAUAGCAGAACCUGGCCAUGCCAUCCAGGAUACAAAUGUGGCAACAUACACUUCAGUGGCAGAAAAAGAAGCCAAAGCAGGUAUAAGUUUAACACGCAAGCAUAGUGGUACUUCUAUUGAGGUGACUGUUGGAUCUGAUGACAGUCUAGUUAUUAGCACUGUGUCAGUUAAACCGGUUUCAUAUUUAGCAGUUGAAAACAACAAUAAUGCAUUUUCCCCAGUUCGAAGAGAAGAGCAAGGAGAUAAUGUGAGUGGAUCAAGUAGUUCUGGCAGUGGAUCAGGAUCCUCUUCAAGUGAUUCUGACAAUGAUAGUUCAUCUGGAUGUGGAUCAGAUUCAAAUCGUUGACCUAGGACAUGAAUUGAUUUAUUUGAGAGAUUUUUAGAAGUCUUUGUUCAGCCCGGGAUACGGUUGGUGUAGCUGCAUCCAAAGUGGUCCAUCUUAAUGCUGCUCCUGAUCAGAGUUCUUCGAAGGUGUAUAUUAAUGUGGAAAACUUAAUUAGCAGUGCUUGUUCCUUAUGAACAAAUUGUAUGAAAAGUAACAGAACCAAACUAUAUUAUGAUAGCAGGAAACAGUUUCUAUGAAAAAUGUGCAAACUGCAAACUAGUUGCUCCUCGUUUCCACCUCAAAAUUAUAUAUUAGAGUAUUUUUUUUUUGCUUAAA